CCGGCGGCGGGCGGGAGCGCAGCGGCGCGGAACGGUUCCCUGCAGCGCCCCCCCGGGGUCCGCCUCCGCCCGCAGCUCCCCCCGCUCGGCACCGGCUUAGGGUUUUUUUUUUUUUUUUUCCCUUCACUUUCCUUCUUUCCCCCCCCAUCACCACCACCUCCCAGCCCGGUAUUUCCGGCUGAUUUCCGCACCGCUUCCGGGGGGAGCUGCCGGCGGGGCGAUGCUGGCGGCGGAGGCUGCGGGCUGCUCGGAGCAGCGCACCGGGGAGCGCUUCAGCGUGCUGACAUGGGAGCAGGUGCAGCGAUUGGACCAGAUCUUGGGCGAGACCGUCCCCAUCCACGGCCGAGGCAACUUCCCGACGCUGUCCGUGAGGCCCCGAACCAUCGUGCAGGUCGUCCGCAGUCGCCUGGAGAAGAAGGGGAUCGUGGUGCACAACGUGAGGCUGAACGGCUCAGCAGCCAGCCACGUGCUGCACCAGGACAGCGGGCUGGGCUACAAGGACCUCGACCUCAUCUUCGGGGUGGAUCUGAAGACGGAAGACGUCUUCCAGCAGGUGAAGGAUGUGGUGAUGGAUUGCCUCCUCGACUUCCUCCCCGAAGGGGUCAACAAAGACAAGAUCACCCCCAUGACCCUGAAGGAAGCCUAUGUGCAGAAGCUGGUGAAGGUGUGCAAUGAAACCGACCGCUGGAGCCUCAUCUCCCUGUCCAACAACAGUGGGAAGAACGUGGAGCUCAAAUUCGUGGACUCUCUCAGGAGGCAGUUUGAGUUCAGCGUGGAUUCCUUUCAGAUCAUCCUGGAUUCCCUUCUGCUCUUCGGGGAGUGCUCGGAAAACCCCAUGGCUGAGAACUUCCACCCCACGGUCACCGGGGAGAGCAUGUAUGGGGACUUUGAGGAGGCCAUGGAGCACCUGAGGAGCAGAGUCAUCGCCACCCGGAACCCGGAGGAGAUCAGAGGUGGGGGGCUCCUGAAGUACUGCAACCUCCUGGUGAGGGGCUUCAAACCCAAAUCCGAGGUGGAUAUGAAGGCUCUGCAGCGUUACAUGUGCUCCAGGUUUUUCAUAGACUUCUCUGACAUCGGCGAGCAGCAGAGGAAGCUGGAGUGCUACCUGCAGAGCCACUUCGUGGGCAUGGAGGACAAACGUUAUGACUAUCUGAUGACCCUCCACCGGGUGGUCAAUGAGAGCACGGUCUGCCUCAUGGGACACGAGAGGAGGCAGACCCUGAACCUCAUUGCCACGCUGGCCGUGAGGGUCCUGGCUGAGCAGAACAUCCUCCCCACUGUCACAAAUGUCACCUGCUAUUACCAGCCGGCCCCUUACAUCAGCGAGAUCAACGUCAACUACUACGUGACCCACGUGCAGCCCUUCCUGCCCUGCAACCAAUCCUACCCCACGUGGCUGCCCUGUAACUGAGCUGGGAUGAACUUCAGGGGCUGCCCUCGAGGUAUUCCCUGGUUUUGGGGAGCCAGGAGUGGGGGUGACCUUCCUAGAACUGCAACGAAAGGAAACUUCACUCUUGCCCCCCCAGCGUGUGUUGCUGCUGGGGUGGUCAGAGCCAGGCCUGCAGGCUGUGAUGGGCCGUGCAGUGCUGCAGGAGCUCAGAUGGGAAGAUUUAUUGUAGGCAAUGGGGGGGGUAAGGGGGGGGUGUGAGGGGAGAUUGUAGAGUUCCGGUGAGGUAGAUCUGCACUGCCCUGAAAUGGAUCUGAAUCUUUUUUUCCUUUUUUUUUUUAGUGCAGGGGGUGUUAUGGGUGUGUGCAGACUUGUGGUUUCUGAUGAGAGAAGCCAGAGUGGCUAAUUUCCUGUGAACGGACCAAAGAAUCCUGUUUAAGUGCCUGUAACAACAUAAACACAACUGUACUGUAAACCUGAUAUAUAGAUAUAUAUUUUUUGCAGGGGUUGACAUCCCGAGAGCUCGAAGAGGGGAUGUCCUGCGUGGAAAAUGUUUCUGUUGUAUGGGUGGGAGGGGGAGGGGGGGGUCAUGAGAUCAUUUCUAGUAGCCUUGCUGGAGGGAGAGUGGGAUCUGGCUUGGAUUGACUGCGUGUAAAUGCCUGAAAUGGGGAGGAUGCUGCUGGGGGGGUGCGUGGGUUGACUGAAGCUCCCCAUCCUGUGGUGCCUAAAGGUGAAUUUGUCCAUGGAGGAUGAUGCAGAUCGGUGUGGGAGCCCCAGGCUGUGCGGGGUGCUGUGUUUUCUAGGGGAAUUGGCAAUGCUGCUUUUCUUGGCAUGCAGCGUGGCAUCACGUUUGGGGCUCUGUGGGAAGAGCAGGCUUGUCCUUGAAGCACAAUGCAUUCAGGAGGCUGUUAUCUCAUGGUGGGGGCCGUGUCCCUGGGGAGGGGGGGGGAUGCACAGCCCUCUCCCAGCACCCUGAUCCUCCUCCACUUUGGGGCAGGUCCUGUUCAGAAGCAGCUGCUGUGAUCCCAGCUGUGUGAACCAUUGGAACUCAUCCUCUAGCUGGAAGCUGGGGUCCCACGUGAGGGGUGGUUGGUGUUAGGAGAAAUUCUGUCUUCCAAACAAACCCUGUUGUGUCUUAAGGGCCCCGGGGUGGUUCUGCUGGGUUGUGCAGAGCCUUUCCCUGUGCUGCCCCUUCUCACCGAGCAUCAUCUCAGGCCAUCUGUGCGUGGAUGGGGCGGUGGGAAGGCAGCUGGGUGCUCCCUCUGAGGCUAACAGACUCAGUAUCUCUACUAACUCAUUUGUGUUCCUGUGACGACUGUACCAGGCGGGCAGACCUGCUAAAUAAAGUCUAGAUACUUGGAA